GAAAGAGGGGAAAGUCCAGCAUCAGCCUCACAUGUGUCUCACCAAACCCUGUCUGUGAAAACCAGGAUUACAGCUCUGCAAACUAGGGCCUGUUAGUCUUAAUAUUAAAUUAUCUACCAUUAUCUAAUUCAGCUGGGUAAAUUUAGGGUUUUCAUUUGGCCCAGUUGGUGCGCGCACGUGUGUGUGUGUGUGUGUGUGUGUGUGUGACAGGAUGAGUGUGUACCUGCUAGUCCUGUGUCUGGCUUUGCUGCAGCAGGAGGGAAGAGCCAGGCCAGACCCUCCAGGAUGCAGCAGCCCUGAGCUGGUGAGAGUGGCAGAGGAGGCCCUGGAGCAGAUCAACCAGGACCUGACGAAUGGAUACAUCCUGAGCCUCAACAGACUGUACGACUUGUCUCACACUCCUGCAGAGGAGAAAGCUGCGUCACUGUACAAACUGACCAUCGAUGUCAUGGAGACCAAAUGCCACAUCACCAGCAGGAAACCAUGGAAACAAUGUGAAGUCAGACAUAUUGAAGACGUUCCAGCGUAUGGAGAGUGUGAGGUGUCUGCCCACGUCGACUCUCAAGUCAGACUUCAGAGCUACUCCUGUGCACUCCGUGAAGUUCCUGCCACUGCCGUCGUGGAUGUGUGUCCCGACUGUCCCACAGCUGAUAACUUGAAUGAGCCCGUCGUCAAGGAGACAGUCAAUCUCUCCCUGCAGAGGUUCAAUGAAGAGAGCCACCUGGCCAACCACUUCACUCUGGAGAACAUUACCAGAGCCAGUUCACAGUGGGUUUUCGGUCCAUCCUACUUUGUGGAGUUCACCAUCGUGGAGACGGUGUGUUCAAAGAAAACAGACGCCAGUGAACUGAGCGACUGCCCAGCGAUGAACUGUCAGUUUGCUCACAGAGGCUUCUGUCUGGGCUCUCACACGACCCAGGAGGACCAGUUUGAAAUCAGACUCCCUGUGGGAAAGAAGCACAGCUCAUUUCAGAAUCGAAAGCCUGUUGAAGUGAAGUGCGAGAUCUUCGAACCUGAGGCUGCCGUCGUGGAGGAGUUGGCCCACGCAAAAGCAGGCGGCGGGCACACCGGGCAUCAGCAUGACAACCACACACACCUGCACCCCCACGAGCACACACACUCAGACACACCCAGCUCAAAGCUCACCGUCUCCACAACACGGGGCUCCCUCGGCACUGUGGUGUACCAGCCUGCUCCCAUCAGACCUUCCCCUGCAGCCGGCUCCUGUCCAGGCCCGCACAGACACAACCUGGGCUUAGGGAAACUCAGGCUCUGA